CUCUGUGUGCCGAGAAACGCGCCCAGAACACCUCCUCUCCAGGAAACUUGUAGGGACAGACUCGGCUGAACCGAAGGGCGCAAAGUGUCUCAACACGUGAUGGGAGCUGGCCACGGCGACCCCUGGUUCGCCGUGACUCGCUGAGACUUAAUCAAAAGUCAGCGUUAACUGCCCUCAUUUCCCUACCAGGAGGUCAAAAAUUAGGAGAGGAGGGUGCCAGAUUGGAAUGAGAGUGAAUGCCAGCAAAUGAUGCGCCUCGCGCGCCCAGGUCACCCUCCCCCACGUGCGCACAUCUCCAGCGACCCCUCCCCGGGAAGCCUAUGAGGCCGCGCCGCAAAAGAAGAGGGAGGAAUAUACAUCUUGAAGUUGGAAAAGACUCAGACCCGGUUACCCCUUCCUUUGCUGCUGAACUUUUCGUUUUGGUCCCCUGCAGGCGGGCGUGAGUUUCGCCCACCCCCUUGCUUACAUUCCUUCAAGAUUCGACAAGCCCUCCUCCACGGUAGACCUCUCUCCCCUUUCCCUUUCCCGCUCGCUCCAGCGGCAGCGAGGCCUUCCACCCAAACACCUCCGGGCUGGAGAUCUCAGUUACAAAGUUGGCGAGCGGGUAGUGAGUCCGAGAAGGACCACGGCGACCAACUGUGUGCCCGGCGGCUGUCCUCUGCUUGGUCCGCACGUGAGCGAUUCCCUAGGGCGCCACCCCUCGUCUCCAUCCCAGGCACGGAUGCGCGGCUCCCGCGCACUCGCGGCUCCCUAGCGGCGAAAGGGAGAAUCAGCACAGCGGGUGGAGAGAGGAAGGGUUCGCGGGUGGGAGGAACCCCCCUCGGGAGCCCGGGAAAUCCCGGCUUGCCAACCCCCUCCCCCCCAACUUCGAGGCGCUCUCCGGCAGCGGCGGCGAGGAUGGAGCUGCCUCCCCGGGGCCGGGCGCCGCUGGACUCCUCGCUGGACAGCGCCUCCCUGACCUCGCUGGACUCCAGCGUCUUCUGCAGCGAGGGUGAAGGGGAGCCCCUGGCGCUCGGGGACAGCUUCACCGUCAACGUGGGCGGCAGCCGCUUUGUGCUCUCGCAGCAGGCGCUGUCCUGCUUCCCGCACACGCGCCUGGGCAAGCUGGCCGUGGUGGUGGCCUCGUGCCGGCGCCGCGGGGCCCUGGCCGCCGUGCCCAGCCCCCUGGAGCUCUGUGACGACGCCAAUCCCGUGGACAACGAGUACUUCUUCGACCGGAGCUCGCAAGCCUUCCGCUACGUCCUGCACUACUAUCGCACCGGCCGCCUGCACGUCAUGGAGCAGCUGUGCGCGCUCUCCUUCCUCCAGGAGAUCCAGUACUGGGGCAUCGACGAGCUCAGCAUUGACUCCUGCUGCCGGGACAGAUACUUCAGAAGAAAGGAGCUGAGUGAAACAUUAGACUUUAAGAAGGACACAGAAGACCAGGAGAGUCAGCAUGAGAGUGAACAGGACUUUUCCCAGGGCCGUUGCCCCACCAUCCGCCAGAAGCUCUGGAACAUCCUGGAGAAGCCUGGGUCAUGCACAGCGGCCCGAAUCUUUGGGGUCAUCUCCAUCAUCUUUGUGGCGGUGUCCAUCGUCAACAUGGCCCUGAUGUCAGCCGAGUUAAGCUGGCUGGACCCGCAGCUGCUGGAAAUCCUGGAGUAUGUGUGCAUCAGUUGGUUCACGGGGGAGUUUGUCCUGCGCUUCCUGUGCGUGAGGGACAGGUGCCGCUUCUUGAGGAAGGUGCCGAACAUCAUAGACCUCCUUGCCAUCUUGCCCUUCUACAUCACUCUCCUGGUAGAGAGCCUGAGUGGCAGCCAGACUACGCAGGAGCUGGAAAACGUGGGGCGCAUCGUCCAGGUUUUGAGGCUGCUCAGGGCUCUGCGCAUGCUCAAACUGGGCAGGCAUUCCACAGGUUUACGCUCCCUUGGAAUGACAAUCACCCAGUGUUACGAAGAAGUUGGCCUGCUGCUCCUGUUUCUAUCUGUGGGAAUCUCUAUAUUUUCAACUGUGGAAUAUUUUGCUGAGCAGAGCAUCCCCGACACAACCUUCACAAGUGUCCCUUGUGCCUGGUGGUGGGCCACAACGUCCAUGACCACCGUGGGAUAUGGAGACAUCAGACCAGACACCACCACGGGCAAGAUUGUGGCCUUCAUGUGUAUCUUAUCGGGAAUCCUUGUCUUGGCCUUGCCCAUUGCUAUUAUUAACGACCGCUUCUCCGCUUGCUACUUCACCCUGAAGCUCAAGGAAGCAGCUGUUAGACAGCGUGAGGCUCUGAAGAAACUUACCAAGAACAUAGCCACUGACUCAUAUAUCAGCGUGAACUUGAGAGAUGUCUAUGCCCGGAGUAUCAUGGAGAUGCUUCGACUGAAAGGCAGAGAAAGAGCAAGUACUAGGAGUAGUGGAGGAGAUGAUUUCUGGUUUUGAAUUCACUUUCAGUUUACUUACAAAACUUGUGUAAAACUAACUUGAUUGAUAAAGCCUUGAUAUGGAUGUCUGUACACUGCCGCUGAGUCUAUUUUGAGUCCUGCCUGUGUUCAUUUUAGUUGACUCAUUGCUUGGUCCUCUAGAAUAGUCCACAUCCCCCCAAAACAACAGCACAUUGUUCUGACACACUUGAGUCUCAAAAAUAGCCAUUUAACACAACCCAAGGCAACGAGGCCAAUCGACACAUGUUGGAAUUGUCAAAUAUAAAAUAAUAGUGCAAUGCAUACAAGAACAUUAAACGUUUUCCUAUCACUAAUUUUUAGAGUCUUUUGCACCUCUAAUUUUAAAGGAUGGACAUUAAACGGCAUAGCCCAGAGCAAAGAUAAGUGAACAUUGAAGAUCAUGGUGGACAAUUUUGCUAUAAAAAGAUACUCUCCAAGUAAGUAAAUCACUCCUUUAUUGAACAGUUAAAGCUGCUGAAUAUAACAAUUAGCUUUUCGAGAGAAAAUCCUGAUUUGAUGAUCAUAGACUGAGUGCCCGUCUUUCCUCUGGUGCAGACAUUGGUCCCAAAUGGACUGAGUUCUGUGUUCCAUCAUUAGUUUUGAAGGUAGAACCCAAACACUACCUAGGCUGUGGUAGAAGAGUGCUAACUAAAGGCUUCGAGAAUUGCACUUCCUCAUCAUUCCCAUGGAGUGCAUGUGUGGAGCAUAAAGGCGAUAUCUCUUUAUACUCCAUGGAAACUAGAUGGUCUUUAAAUAUCUCAUUAUUGACUCAGUGUUCAAGUUAUGUCUUUAAAAUGGUGACUUUGUAAGUAAAGAUGAA